AUGACGAAGGGAACAGUGAACGGUGAUGGUUGUCAUUCCGCCGCGCAGGCGUUGGAGCCCGAUAAGGAAGGAACGAGAAUCACUGCAUCAUGGCGGCCGUCGCGGCCUCGGCCGCAGUCUGAGGAAGACGCAGGCCGCAACAAAAGAAUCAAACGGAGCAACGUCGACGUCGUCCCGGAAUCGUUUCUAUUGAAUUCAUUGUCCCUACCUGUCGCCGGACCUGAUUCAAGCCAAGAUUCGACUACCGCUGCCCCGUCAACUGCGGCGCAGGCUGGUGAGAUAGCCACGAAGCAUUCCCCUGCUAGCUCGAGUACCGCACCGAACGAAGAUACUGGAAAUGCUUCUGUGAUAGCAUUGCAGUCCUGGCCGUUUAAGCCCUUGGGAUACGUUUCGUACCGGCCUAUAUCCAUGCCCAUUAGAGUCGGGAUAAAGAACCCUGCUCAAUGCUCACCACUGCUUAGCCUUCCUGAGAAGAUACAGUUGUUGAUACUCCAGAAGCUCGACCCCGUGGACCAGGUAACUUUGAUGCUCACCUGCAAUGAGCUCGCUGGCCUAGCAUCCAAAGUGCAAAUAGGCCCCCUUCCCAUCGGGCCACUCCGAGUUCGGCUGUUCGGGAUACCGCAGUCCCAUGUUGCCAGGAUGCGAGGUGUUGGACGUGGGUUUAGUCACAGCCAAUACGGCCUGAAGCCCUGCGAUACCUGUGUGUGGCUUCGACCCUGUCAUUCGGACGCGUACAAGGCCGCACUGCCUAACGGAGUCGCUCGCAACGAUUGGAUUGCUGCCGUUGCUAGAUUCUCCCUAUCGACGAAGAGAAUGUGCCCAUUUUGUCAGGUGUUCAAUAUGGAAUCUGCAUUGAAGAAAAACUAUGGUUAUGAGGACAAUGCCACACCUAUUUAUGUCAUCAGGCCCUUGCUGCACUGGCUCCUAUUUUACAACGCACUCGAUGGUUCGUGGGUACGGCCUCACGAGGCGAUUGGGAGGGCGUGGGUCGAUGUCUGA